GGGACAUCAUAGGAAAAUUGGGGCAUCGUAGAAAAAUUGAUGCGCUACGCAAUAACUACUGUAUUUUACUACUACCAACAAAUUAGUUGACCAUUCGAUUCAAGGGAGGAAAAUGGCUGCCGGCCAUAUGAACCUGGCGACUCUGCUACUUUUUGGCCUCAUCUACGGGUUUCAAUUACAGGUUGUUGUCCCAGAACCGAUUCCAAACCUCAAGCUAAACUCACAGAUUCUUCAGGAGUCAAUCAUUGACCUGAUAAAUAGAAAUCCCAGUGCUGGAUGGAAAGCUUAUAUGAGUCCUCGAUUCUCCAAUUAUACUGUUGGUCAAUUUAAGCACCUUCUUGGAGUCAAACCAACACCACAACAGGAUUUGAAGGAUGUCCCAGUAAUUGCUCAUCCAAAAACCCUAAAGUUGCCUGAUCAUUUUGAUGCCAGAACAGCUUGGCCUCAUUGUAGCACCAUCGGGAAAAUUCUUGGUUGGUUACUUGCUAGGUCUUAGUUAAUUCAUGAUUCUUUAUAAAGGUGCUAAUACUUUGUCCUUCUCUAUGUUAACCGCUGCAAUGCUCCUCGUAAAGAUCAGGGUCACUGUGGUUCUUGUUGGGCUUUUGGUGCUGUUGAGUCACUAUCUGACCGUUUUUGUGUCCAUUUCAGCAUGAAUCUCUCUUUAUCUGUUAACGAUGUCUUAGCCUGUUGUGGCUUUUUGUGCGGUGCUGGCUGUGAUGGUGGUUAUUCUCUCUAUGCGUGGCGAUACUUUGUCCACCAUGGUGUUGUGACUGAAGAGUGUGAUCCAUAUUUUGAUAAUAGUGGAUGCUCACACCCUGGUUGUGAACCUGGAUAUCCGACGCCAAAGUGUGCAAGGAAGUGUGUAAACAAGAACCUGCUCUGGAGGGAGUCAAAACGUUUCAGUGUCAGUGCAUAUAGAAUCCACUCGGAUCCCUAUAGCAUCAUGGCAGAAGUUUAUAAGAAUGGACCAGUUGAGGUUGCUUUCACUGUUUAUGAGGAUUUUGCUCAUUACAAGUCAGGAGUUUACAAGCACGUGACAGGUGAUGUCUUGGGAGGUCAUGCUGUAAAGCUAAUUGGAUGGGGAACUUCUGAGGAUGGGGAGGAUUAUUGGCUUCUUGCAAAUCAGUGGAAUAGAAGCUGGGGUGAUGACGGAUACUUCAAGAUCAAAAGGGGAACGAAUGAGUGCGGCAUUGAAGAGGAUGUGAUUGCUGGCUUGCCUUCAUCCAAAAACUUGAUUAAAGAGUUUACUGAAAUGGAUGCUACUCUUGACGUGUCAGCCUGAACACAGUUUAUUUCCUGUGCAGAUUGCUGUCCUAGUCCAUGAAUUCUUUGGACUACUAUUACUUCUUUUUCUUUUUAAAAAAGACAGUCUUGGGAUUGGAAACACUAUCGGGUUUGUUAAAAAUAAACUUACUCCCUUCCGAUUAGAUGCUCCUUUAUACUGUCCAUCACGGACUGGAAGGAACUGAAUACUGUAAGUGAUCGGGUCUGCUGACUGCUUGUGGCAUAUGAUGAAUCCAGACUAUGCUAUGCCUCAGUUGAUGAUCAUGCAAUUGGUGAUAUCAAACGCCUUCCUUCGAUUAAAGGAGGCUUUGAAA